GGGGUCUGGGGCCGCCUUGGGGCCAUUGUCGGGUACGCGCCGCAGCCUGUGCUGGCGGAGCAGUCCGCGCCAGUAGGUGCCCCGUGAGCCCGUCAGAGGGUGCUCGGCGGGCCAGCGCGGGGCCAGGCAUCGCGAGAUCAUGGCGCCAUCACCCUUCGAGGUGUGUGCGGUUGAGCUGGUGUGCGUGGGCCUUUGCUUACGGUCGAUGCCAUUUUGGCCCGAGGGUAUCCAUGUCACAAGACGCGUACACAACCCUCUCUUACCUUGACAAGGUGGUGCCCCGCAGCGCGGGCUGCCUGCACGGCUAUGGCCCGCGCGGGGAGGCUUGUGCUGCUUAUGCUGCCAGGGCUGGCGCCGCUGAUCGCCUCGGGGCUGAACAUUCGGGGCGAUCGAGAUGGCAUCGGGAAAGGGCAGCCGCCGGACGCGCGGGAGAGGAGAGUGCUUCUUGUCGUGGCGGGCCUGAGCCGCCACAUGGAGGCCACGUGGCCUUUGCUAGAGCAGUCUGUCAUAGUGCCGAACGAAAGAGCCGGCUAUACGUUUACUAUCUUCUUCAGCACCAACGCGGGCCUCGAGUGUCGCGAAGGGUCGCCCAGGUGGCGUUACCGCAAGUGCGAGGAGCCCACCGUCGACCGCGAGUCGCACGUGAAGCGCAUCAAGGAGUUCUUCGCCCCGCGCGUCGUGAGCGUGGUCGACUUCGAAGACACGUGCGCAGAGAGGGGUGCCGCCGAGGGGAUGUCGGUCCCCUGGAAGGUGGCAGGAUCGAAACUGUUCGAGGCUGGCCACGCUGCCUCUGGGGGGGGGAUGUGCACCCCUUGGUGGGACCGCGUGCACAGGGUGGUCGCGGACAUGGUGGAGAGCGGCCAAAGUUUCGACAGGGUCGUGGCCAUGCGGCCUGACGCCGUCGUGCACCACACGGGCAUUCGGCCCCCGAGUGGCCCAGUGGCAAUGUCGCUCGAUGAAAUGUGCCGAGAGAAGCCAGGCUUCAGCUUCGUGACGCCAUCGUGGACUGCACAUCGUAGGAUGUCUCUGCACAAUCGUGACCUGGACUUCAUGCACAUCCUGUGCCCCGGCAAGGAGCUCGCGGUCUACGAGAAGGCGCUCCGUACUCCGGGCGACCAGUGCACAGCGCGCGAUCCAGUGACCAAACGGGUCAUGGUUCCUGCCCUGCCGGCCGAAUUUCACUCGACGAAGCUAUGGGAUAAAAACGCAUUCUAUUGCCAAUUCGUGCAGCUCUGGGAGACCAAGAACAUUUCCCUGUCCAACUGGGACAGUCGCUUUCACUUGACAUGGCCUGCCGAGUUUUGCAUCGCGGAAGUAGAAGCGCAGAAGAAUCAAUGUAUCGGACCAGGCGAUUAGUGGCAAAGGCUUCUGGUAAUCUCACCAGGGGGUCGCCCGCAGAGCAAGGCGCGGCAGGAGGAGGUGGAGGAGGGGAAGGAGGGGAGAAUCACCUGCCAGAUCGAUCCCCGCCUCCAGCUUCGGGACUUGAAGAACACCCCAGGUCCGUCCCAGUGGACAGGCCGAGACAGAGCUUUCCGAAUCUUUUCUCCACGUCGUUCGAAAUGGGGCGUUCCCUGAGGUCCAUCUGUGUGAAGCGUCGCUUCUCGGGAUGGUCGAUCCGAGAGGGUCUUGGGGCCCGAAAGGAUUCCUCCCAAACAUUUUUUUUUUUUUUUUUUUUUUUCUUUUUCACGGCGCCCAUGUGUCUGGGGGGGCCAUCGGCGUCUGAGUGGUCAGACGAGGAGGCGGGGAGCGGAAUGGCCAGCGGACAGGCCAGACGCCUGGUGGCCAUGCGCCCAGCGAAUAUCGUAGCAGCCCGCAGCAGUGCCCGUGCUACGCCUCCGCUUUUCGUGCCGCAGUAUGCACCGGGUCUGAGCAAGUCAGAGCGACGUUGCACACAGGCGAUACCGUCGGGGCCCUGCAGAAGGAACCCUUCUCGUUGGGGAGGGGCUCGGCGUUCCUCGAGUGUUUCGCAGCUUGCCUCAGGUGUUCCUUAGGUUUUCGACAGGAAAUCGAAGGUUAACUUGUGGAGAAUAGGGGCCUCGUUCCUUAUUUAGGGUUACUUAGGUCAACGCCCCGACUGUACGGUAUGUGCCACGCGAACCUUCAAUCGAUAGGCUGCCGCCCCUGUCGCCGAAUCUCAAGUUGGGUCAUUGGAUUGCGUUUCGGGCGCGAUGGUUCUACCGAGCUCCCCCGAAGAGGGUAUCGGCGCCGUCUGAGAGAUUUCAAGUCUCCGGUGUGUGGGCGACUUGGCUGGGCCUGAGGCUGGGAACAGCAUCAAGUAUGCCAGAACAUGCCAGAACCUUUCCAAGCAGACCCUGUGCACCCUACCACUCCAAAGGGUGUCCAGGGACAUUUUGGCGGAUCUAUGGCUUGAACUUGAAUUGAUUUGCUCGCGAUGAACUAUAUAUAUAAUCCUGUGCCGCUUUUGCACGGCACUUAGUUUGCGCGCUGCCCGCAAUGAACACAACUAUGUAUAUAAGCAGUGCGUGAUUAUGUUUGGCUCCUGUCCUUUUCACUUCCCAGCGUGGGCAAGGAUGUUUCGACGAGCCACUGCUUUGUAUAACAUCAUCGUUCGCGCACCUCCAUCAUCAUUGCAUCCGUUCUUCAAGCAGGCUCGGCCUUGCGAUUUUAUUUACGCCUUGCGUGCCCCCCACCAGCCCAUCUGGAAGCAAUUCCUGGGCGAGAUGCCGCGGGCGGAGCACCAGUGAAACGGACAAUGUGCCUCCCCUGCCUGCACACCGG